UGUAUGGUGUUAUAGGCAGAAAACAAAACGGGCAUACAACAAAAAUAAAUAUAAUUGUAAAAUCGUAAUUUUUAACAUAGUUUCUUAAUUGUAAAGCUGAAUCCAAAAUGAGUGCCGCCGCAGCCGCCACGGGGAUUCAGAGUACCGCGGGUGCCAUUCCUAUGCGCAAUGAAAAGGGCGAAUUGUCUAUGCAAAAAGUCAAGGUGCAGCGGUACAUAUCCGGAAAGCGGCCCGAUUACGCCAGGGCGGAUUCCAGUUCGGAAGAGAGUGACGAAGAUGACUUCAUUGACUCCAAGAAACGCUUGGAGCGCCACAAGGCGGAGCGUCACAAAAUGGAGCUCUCCCGCCGCGGGGGCAGCGCGGACGGGGAGGAUAGGGCACCGGGAGAAAACCAAGCGGAAGACGAGGCCGAGGUAGACGAUCCCCGGCUGCGGAGACUCCGCCAAAGACCCGUGGACAUGGAGGACAUGGAACGGGAGCGAAGAGAACGUCAUCGCCACAUCCACGAACCUGAAAUCAUGGACAGCGACAGCGAGGACGAAGAGGUGGACGAGGAGCCACAGGGCGCCAUCGAGCGGGGCACCAACAAGAUCACACUGGCAUCCGAGUCCGACACUGAUGCCGAGCUUAGUGACACAGAGCUGGAAAACCGGCGAACCAAACUCAGAUCGCGAAUGCUGCAGCAACAGCGUGAAGAGGAGGUACUCCAGAAAGAGGAUGAAAAGCAGUCAGAAUCUUCGGAAUCGGAAAGUUCUGAAUACGAAGAGGAAACGGAAAGCGAGGAGGACAACGAACCCCGUUUAAAGCCGCUCUUCGUUCGGAAAAGAGAUCGUGCAACCAUCCAGGAAAAGGAGCGGGAAGCUCAGAAGCAAAAACAGCUCGAGGCGGAGGCCAAGCGGGCGGCUAAAGAGCGGCGAAGAGCUACACUUCGAAUGGUGGAAGAGAGCGUUAAAAAAGAUCUGGAAAAGACCAAGCCGGAAACCAACGAGGCCUGCAUCGAGGAUGUGUGCACGGAUGACGAAAACGACGAGGUGGAAUACGAGGCCUGGAAGCUGCGGGAGCUGAAGAGAAUGAAGCGGGAUCGCGAAGAGCGGGAUAACAUUGAACGUGAAAAGCUGGACAUAGAUCGCAUGCGCAACAUGACCGAGGAGGAGAGACGCCAGGAGCUGCGCCAGAACCCCAAGAUGGUCACCAACAAGGCAACUAAGGGCAAGUACAAGUUCCUGCAGAAGUACUUCCAUCGCGGUGCCUUCUAUCUGGACGAGGAGAACGACGUGCUGAAGCGCGACUUCGCUCAGGCCACCCUAGAAGAUCACUUCGACAAGACCAUCCUGCCCAAGGUGAUGCAGGUGAAGAACUUCGGCCGCUGCGGUCGCACCAAGUACACGCAUUUAGUGGACCAAGACACUACCAAGUUCGACUCGCCCUGGUACGCCGAAUCCUCCAGCAACAUUAAGUUCCACAACGAACGCGGUGGAGGUAUGCGGCAGAACUUUGAAAAGCCGACGGGAUCGAAGCGAAAGAAGUUGGAGUAGUAAUAGGCAGUAGGACAAUCGUAAGGAUUUAUUUGACAAGCCAUGGAAAUGCAACAAUUUGUACAACUAAAUUUGUAUGGCCGAAUCUGAGUUAACCCGUAGAAAACAUGAAACAAAAACUAAAUAUAAUACAAAUACUUAAAUUUAAAGCUCCAUCUAAA